AUGACCAUCAACGACAAAGCCGUAAACCUUAUCAGCCCAGCCAGUGGUGUUUCAGGAAUUGGCCUAUCCGCAUACGAAUGGUGGAGCGAGGGCCUACAUGGUGUCGCUGGUAGUCCAGGCGUCCAGUUUCAAACCCCCAAUGGCUCCGACUUCAGCUACGCAACAAGCUUCCCUCUUCCAAUUUUGAUGGGCGCAUCGUUUGAUGAUGAUUUGAUUCAAAAUGUAGCAAGGGUCAUUGGAAAGGAAGCUAGGGCGUUUGCCAAUGCUCAAAAGGCCGGCUUUGAUUACUGGACUCCAAACAUUAAUGGUUUCCUUGACCCUCGCUGGGGACGGGGCCUAGAGACCCCCGGGGAAGAUAUUUUUCAUAUUCAGAACUACGUCAAGCAGCUAGUCCCAGCUCUUCAAGGAGUCGAUAACAAGGAAGAUUUGAGACAGAUUAUUGCUACUUGCAAACACUAUGCCGUCUACGAUGUGGAAACUAACCGAACUGGCCAGAACUAUGAUGUAACGCAACAGGAUCUUGGUGACUAUUAUCUACCUGCUUUCAAGACAUGUGCCCGCGAUGCGUUGGCCACAAGCAUCAUGUGCUCGUACAACGCUGUCGAUGGAGUACCCUCGUGUGCCAGCGAAUAUCUGCUCCAAAUGGUUCUCCGAGAUACAUGGGGGUUCACAGCAGCAGACAAUUACGUCGUGUCAGACUGUGAUGCUGUCAACAAUAUCUGGGAUUCACAUGGCUUCACCACUGAUGUGGAUAGUGCUGCCGCCGUGGCUCUUAAUGCUGGCACUGAUUUGAACUGCAACGGAGCUUAUAAAAACUUGGUCGGCUCCGUGGCAGGGAAUAUGACAACUGAAAGCGCCAUGGACCAGUCCCUGACCCGUCUUUAUCAUGCUCUCUUUAAGGUGGGAUAUUUCGACGGGGCGCCCGAUUGGGAUGGUUUUUCUUGGGCCGAUGUUAGUACUUCGGACGCCCAAACUCUCGCAUAUGAAGCUGCAGUGGAGGGUAUUACUCUGCUCAAAAAUGAUGGAUUGCUUCCUCUCAGUGCCGAUACCUACUCCUCGGUUGCCUUGAUUGGGCCAUGGGCCAAUGCAACCUCGCAGAUGCAGGGUAAUUACUACGGAGUUGCUCCAUAUCUGAUCAGUCCGCUAGAGGCCUUCCAGGCUAGCUUUGACAAGGUCCAGUAUGCUGAGGGAACAGCUAUAUCAGGAACAACUGACGCAGGUUUCUCUGAGGCACUUUCUGCGGCGCAGUCGUCGGACGCCAUAUUCUACAUGGGUGGUAUUGAUACAACCGUUGAAGCAGAAGGAAUGGAUCGUACAUCUGUUGAAUGGCCAGGAAACCAGCUAGAUUUAAUUUCUCAGCUCGGAGCUCUUGGAAAACCUCUUGUCGUUGUACAAUUUGGAGGAGGCCAAGUUGAUGACACUGUUUUACUACAAAAUUCGAGCGUUAACGCUGUUGUCUGGGCGGGUUAUCCAGGUCAAAAUGGUGGAAAUGCUGUCUGUGAUGUCCUGACGGGUAAGAAGGCUGCUGCCGGGAGAUUGCCUGUGACUCAAUAUCCUGCCGAUUAUACGAACGAAGCCAACAUAUUCGACCCUACAAUUCGUCCCAAUAUUACAUUUCCAGGCCGAACUUAUAGAUGGUACACUGGAGAGCCCGUUCUUCCAUUUGGCUAUGGACUGCACUACACAAAUUUCUCCCUUUCCUGGGAAACACAACCACAAUCCACUUAUUCAAUCCAGAACCUUGUCGAUAGUGGUGGAGAUGGCUCAGAUUACCUCGACCUUGCGCCUUUCGUGAAUGUGUCAAUCACUAUUAAGAACGCCGGUGGCCCGGCCAAUGUGGCCUCUGACUAUGUCGGGCUCUUGUUCCUUUCAUCAUCUAAUGCUGGACCGGAGCCUAUACCAAACAAGACGCUCGUAUCAUAUUCUCGAGCACACGAUAUCCCAGUUGAUGAGAGCCAGGUGCUUAGCUUACCGGUAACUCUUGGAUCCCUGGCCCGAGCAGAUGAGAACGGCGAUCUUACUAUUUACCCUGGUGACUAUGUAUUCUCUCUUGACACUGAUGCUGAGUUAAGUGCCGGGUUUCAGCUCACUGGGGAUUCUGCGAUUGUCGACACAAUUCCACGGCAGGCUGCUCAUACCCCGCGUUCUUCAAAUCCUCUUUGCCAAUCAAAAUAUCUAGGAGUUGCUGAAUCACAAACGAUGUCAACUGCAAUGUUAACCGUUGCCCUCGCAGGCUCUUGUCUUGCACGUACUUCAGCGACCUUCAAUUGGGAUUCUACGAAGCAUCUGGUUGCAUUUGGAGACUCAUAUACAUACGUCCAGGGAACGCAUGGAUACCCAGACUACAGCUUCAUUGGAGACUACUUACCUGGACAAUUUGCCUUUACACCCGAGGACUUGCUUUCGAACAAGAUUGUCCAGAAUUUCUCCGGAACAGCAGAAGGAGGUCCUAAUUGGGUUGAAUAUCUGACCGGAUGUGCUCUUGAGGAGGGACUAACGAGUCCUGAAACAUGCAAACUGCAGCUGUGGGAUUUUGCAUUCGCUGGUGCGGAUAUUUCCCAGGAAUUCACACCGCUUCAUCAUAAUUUCACGAUUCCACUCGUCAAUCAAACCAAACAGUUUCUCACUUAUGCCCAACCUGUCCUGUCUAAGCAGAAAUCAUUCAACUUAAACCAAGCCUUGAUUGCCAUUUGGAUCGGAAUCAACGAUAUCGGAGACUCGAGCAAAUACAACGUGUCAUUUCCCAACUUCUAUGAGAAGCUUUGGGAUACUGUCUUUACUGAAAGUGUGCAGCCUCUCUAUCAUGCUGGCUAUCACAAUUUUCUCUUCGUCAAUCUUCCACCUCUAGAUCGCGCUCCGGGAAAUGUAAAUUCAGUGAGCCCGCUUCCAAACAAGACGAUGAUAGGUUGGUUCAACGACGAAAUAGAACGACAUAGCACGGCAUUCGGCGCAGCUCACCCGGAGGUAAAGUCCAUGGUUUUCGAUGCGACAACUUUGUUAAAUUAUGUCCUGGACAAUCCCAGCAAAUACAAUAUUCGUAAUACCACCUCCUAUUGUUCUGGAUAUACGGAUCCAGAUGUUGUGGUCGACCCCGGAAAAUACGGCUGUAUUCCAAUUGAAGAGUAUUUCUGGUUUAACACAGGCCAUAUGUGA